GGACACCUUCCUCUGCUCGUUUGUGCAGUCAUGCAAGGACAGUCAAAUAAGCGGAACAGCAAGUCCAAUAUAAGGAACAGCUGAUCACAACCGUAUUAGAUACCGAGUAAGUAAGGUGGUGAUUCCACGUCUGUACACAGAUCGGCAGAGGAGUUUUUUUCAAACGGGAGGAACGAUUCUCAAGGCAAAACGAGCCAAUUCUACUGAGCCUAAUGGCUUUUUCAAGAAAUGACAUUGCAAGAUACCUUUUUGUGAUGAUAUGGAUGAUUAUAAAUGUUGCACUCUUUGCCUCAACAUACAUGAAAUAUGGCACAACGAAAAAGUAUCAUUAUUUGAGGAUUAUUGUCAAGGGUGGACUCCCUUUUGCCCGAGGUGCUGCAAUGGUGUUAAACUUCAACUGCAUGUUAAUCCUGCUAUCCAUGUGUCGUAAUAUCAUCUCUCUUAUCAGAAGUAAUCUCAAUUGUGGUUGGUGUGGAAGCAUUAUAAGCCUUUUGGACAAGAAUAUAACUUUCCAUAAGUACUGUGCUUACACUAUCUGCUUUUUCACUGUGGUUCAUAUAUGUGGCCACUGUUUCAACUUGACAAACCUUGUUGAGAGCCAAUCAAAGGCAGACACAGAGAUUGAACAGCAUCUGAGUCAGUUAGAUAACCCUUGGCUAAAUCCUAUCCGAGAAUCUGGAGUUGAUCCUGUAUCAGGAUUGUUUCAGACAGUUGCUGGGGUCACAGGUGUGGUGAUGACAUUGUCAUUAAUUCUCAUGAUAUCGUCAGCAACUGAACUGAUAAGGAGAUCCUACUUUGAGACCUUUUGGUUCACUCACCAUUUGUUUGUUGUCUUCUUUGGCUGCCUUGUUGUGCAUGGCACUGGGGAUCUUCUACGUUUUCAAACUAACAUGGAUGAGCAUGAUCCAGAAAUCUGUGAUAAUGUAAAUUACUGGAAAAAUCAUUCAACCAGCUGCUACAAAUUUAGACCACAGCUAAAAGCACCUGGAGCAAUGACUUGGAAGUUUGUGAUCUUUCCCAUGAUCCUGUAUGGUGCAGAACGGUUACUCAGAAUAUACAGAUCAUUUCAGAAGGUGACAAUUCUUAAGGUAAUAAAACAUCCAUCUAGGGUGCUUGAAAUUCAGAUGAAGAAGGAUGGAUUUAGAUGUGAAGCAGGACAGUACAUUUUUCUGAAGUGUCCUAAGAUCUCACAUCUGGAGUGGCAUCCUUUUACUUUAACAUCUGCCCCUGAGGAGUCCUACUUCAGUGUUCACAUCAGAAAUGCUGGUGAUUGGACAGACAGUCUACACAGAGAGUUUGGAGCAAAUGAUGGUGGAAUGAAAGAUAUAAGCUCCUGUCCAAGGUUGGCUGUCGAUGGCCCUUUUGGAACAUCAAGCACUGAUGUGUUCAAAUAUGAUGUCAUUAUGUGUAUUGGAGCUGGUAUUGGAGUAACUCCCUUUGCAUCAAUAUUAAAGUCUGUGUGGUAUCGUCAAAACAAAAGUUAUUCUGACCUAAAGAUCCAGAAGGUGUAUUUUUUCUGGAUCUGCCGAGAUGAAAAGGCCUUUGAAUGGUUUACAGACCUUUUAAGGUAUUUGGAAAUUCAGAUGGAAGAAAUGAAUAUGAAAAACUUUGUGGAAUAUCACAUAUAUCUCACAGGAUGGGAUACUAAAUUGGCAAUUCAGUCAAUUAUACAUCAGGGUGAAGAAGAUAACAUAACACAUUUGGAUGCUAAGACACAGUAUGGCAGACCAGAGUGGAGCAAGAUUUUUAAGGGUAUUGGGGAGAAACACAAAGGGACAGAAAUUGGGGUCUUUUUCUGUGGACCAAGUGGUUUAUCACAUGUGUUACACAAAAAAGCCAACCAGUACAGUAAUCCAAGUACAGGAGUCAAGUUUUGUUACAACAAAGAAAAUUUCUAGAGUAGUUAUACAAUUGAAUGAAAAAAAUUAAGACUAAUUUCUUGGAAGAGCACAGAUGGCUAUCUUGUCACAAUAUAAUAUGCAGUCGGCUUCUUAUUUGACUGAACACUUAAAUUGAAUAUUAACACCUUGAUAUAUUUCUAUCUUGCAAAACUAUCUGGUAAUCAACAUUAUUAAAUCCUUUAACUCCC